GUGCGUGCGCGCGCGCGCGGCGCCGGAAGCGGGGUUGGUGGCCCGGGCCGUCGCGGGCCAUGGAGGGUCGGGGCGGCGGAGCGCCGCGCGAGGAGCCGGCGGAGGAGGCCGAGUUCCAGGGCGGCGCCUGGAGCGGGGACAGCGGCAACGUGUCCCAGAGCCACAGCAGCGCCUCGGGGCCGUGGGAGGACGAGGGCCCGGAGCUGGGCACGCCGGGCCGCGACCUGCCGCUGCUGCGCCGCGCCGCCGCGGGCUACGCCGCCUGCCUGCUGCCCGGAGCCGGGGCGCGGCCCGAGGUCGAGGCCCUGGACGCGAGCCUGGAGGACCUGCUCACCCGGGUGGACGAGUUUGUGGGCAUGUUGGACAUGCUGCGCGGCGAUUCCUCCCACGUGGUCAGCGAGGGCGUGCCUCGCAUUUACGCGAAGGCCACCGAGAUGCGGCAGGUGUACAGCAAGAUCGACAGACUCGAGGCCUUCGUCAGGAUGAUCGGCGCCAGCGUGGCCAGGAUGGAGGAGCAGGUCGCCAAGGCGGAGGCCGAGCUGGGGACUUUCCCCAGUACGUUCAGGAAAUUCCUGCACACAAUUAGCGUGCCCUCCUUCUUCAACAAGGCUUCCUCCAGCAGGCCCCAGCAGACCGGCUACGAACCCCCCGUCCUGUUUCGGACCGAGGACCACUUUCCCUGUUGCAGCGAAAGACCUCAGAUCUGAGUCUGCUGGACGACACUGCGAGAGGACGCUGAGAUUACCUCGAGUGUUAAUUAAAUCAAUUGAAAGGCCUGUUACUAGACCUACAUGAUAUUGGAGUAUGGAAUUUUAAAGUUUCUUUUUUGCACACUGUAUUUCUCACUACCUUCAUUAUUUCACGUAGGAUGUGUGAUUUUCUAUGUCUUCCAGUUCUACCCCGAAAGCUACUUGGGGGGGGUGGGGAUAGGGAAGCAAAAUGAAUGAAUUUAUCUGUGCACUGUGGCAGAACUGUUAUUUUUAUGGAUUUUACAACUCAAUUAGCAGUGUUACCUUUUCAAGCUUUAUAUAUUUAUAUUCUCUUAAGAACAACUACUGAGCCCUUAAAGAUUUGUCAUUAUUGUAUCCUAAUAGUGAUUCAAUUUUUAUAGCUUGCCUUUAGGAUAGAUGGAAAAUUAUUUAACAUUAUAUUAAACUUUCCAUAUCAUCGAUUGUAAACUGCAGGAAAUUAUACAAUAUCUGAGAAAAUGUAUUUAUUGCAACUAAUUCGGAAGUUCUAUUUGAAAGUAUAAGCUCACAAUCUUAAUUUACCCAUAGCAAACAUGUCUAUAUAUGGUUGCCAACAUUUGUUUUAAAUUUUAAAUAUUAAUAAAAAAUUUAAAUUUUA